AUGACGGAGUUUCUCAGACUUCAGCAGGAAGAUCUAAUUCCACCGAACCUCACUGCUGAAGAUCUGAGAGAUCUUUUGGUGGAGAAGAGCAGGGAGACACUCAGAGAGCAGCUGUGGGAGUUUGAAUUAGAGGAUUUUGAAGAAGAGGAAGCCAAACCUCUCCUAAGGCUGGUAUGGGCGGUGAACGUCAUCAAUAAAAUGAGGGACAUUGAAUUUCAAGCCAGAAUGCUUCUUCAGUUCCCAGAGGCCGUACCUCCUAAAUUUCAAGCACCUAAACUCAUCAGCAUGGUGAAGGAUUACGUUGAAAUCCUAAAAAAGAAGCAGCAGGAACAGCAUAACAGCAAACUGCUCACCGCGCAGGAGGCAGUGAUCGAGGUAGUUCCCCGUGUUCUCCAGGGUUUCUGGGAGCUUCCUCCUCGUCCCCUCCUAAACAUGGCCUCCCAGAGUUUAAGCAUCCUCUCCACGAGUGUCACCAAGGCCACUUUAGAUCGUGUCUCCAAGAGUCUCACGGUGAUGGAAACACAGGCCAUCUUCACCCGCUCCAUCCGAGACGAUAUGGUCGACAGCAUCCUGACGGAGAUUAGGCAGAAAUUUCCUCAAGAAAUUCUGGUUGCAAACUUUGCACCAGUGUUGCUGAAGACCAUAGCUGAUGUAGCAAUGAUCCGGAUAUGUGAAAUCUUUGAGCCCCCUUCAAGUCUUCCUGAUGUGAAGAACACAAAUGAAGAACGCUCCUCUGACGGUCUUUCAAUGGCAAAUGUUCCACCAGCCGAAGGAUCUUUUUCAGAAAGUGUUCCAGAGCCUGAUGUUCCCUGUGAGGAACUUCUUUCUGAAAGGGCAUCCAGUCUGAGUUCUCAAGACCUUAAGAUCGAAGGAGCUCUGUCAGAAAGUGUGGCAGUGGCUGACAUUCUCUGUGAGGAACCCUAUGCCGAGUCCAAAUCCAGUGUUAAAGGCGAAGAUGUUAAGAUCAAAGGAUCUCGUUCUGAAAUUGGGCCAGUUCCUGAUGUUCCCUGUGAGGAACCUUUUCCUGAACCCGAAUCCAGUAUGAAGUGCAAAGACCUUCAGAUCAAUAAGAAGAAGAAGAAAAAGGGCUUCUUCAAAAGACUGAAAAGUCUGUUCUGCUGUUGUUGCAGACCAAAAGACACCGACUGACAUUGAAACUGCGACCCAGUAUUGGUGUUCCAGUAACUGUAAAUAUGUAACUAUGUUCCUUGAUGGUUGUUGUUCAUGUUUUGGGGGUUUCUUUAGUUUUCAGUGGACUGGGUGUUUUUCUCCUUCGUGUUCUUUACUUAAUUCUUGUUCAUAAUUCCUGAUUUAUUUUCCUAGUUCUUGUUUCUUAGUUUUUAGUUUCUUGAUUCCAGUUGAGUUUCUAUAUGAGUUUUGAGUUUUUGGUUUGUUUUUUGUGACGUUUAUCUCUAAUGAAAAUGUUUUUCCAGCAAUAAAAGCUGCCGAUUUAAGCUUCAUUCCACGU